ACUAAUUGCAUUUACAAAUGUUCUUAGUGCAGUUUAUAUCCAUUUUCGUCAUUGAAUUCGUUCAUUCAAACGACUGUUACGUCAUUGAUCAGGCCCAGAAUCUACAAAUCGAUUAAUCGAUAUAUCCGAGCUUUGGAGUAUUUGAAUUGCAAGAUAUUAACUAAUCUAUUAGUUAUUAAGCAAAAAUAUAGUUAAAUAUGAAAAAAUGUUCCCUAGUUAUUAGUUAAAACUCCACUACAAUGUCUUAAUAAAAACUAAUAUUUAAGCUUUAAUUUAUCCAAUAAUUGGUGGCCAGCGACGGACGUCAGUUGACCACUUUCCGAACAAAAUUCCUUAAUCCCAUCGCCAUAGCCAACUCCAAAUCCCUAGCUAGCGGCCCCCAAAUCAAUCCAUUCAAUCAAAUUCAAUCCGCCAUGGCAGCAAUCUCUCCCAUCCCGUUCGUCAUCUCGAUCCUCAUCCUCCUGAUGGCGCCAAUCCCAUCCACGGCGGGAAAGCCACACGUCAUCAAGUUCCGAUCUCCAAAUCUCUACCCGGAGGGCCUCGCCUACGACCGCUCCGGACAGCACUUCAUCGUCGGAUCCCUCCGCCACCGCACGAUCCACUCCGUCUCCGACGCGGGCGUCGUCGACACCCUCAUCACCGACCUCUCCCUCCCUCCCAACGCCUCGAUCCUCGGUUUAGCGGUGGAUUCAGUCAACCACCGCCUCCUCGCCGCCGUCCACUCCAUGGCCCCGCUCCCAAUCUUCAACGCCCUCGCCGCCUACGACCUCCGCACCCGCCAGCAGCUCUUCCUCUCCCCCCUCCCCGACGGCGGCGCCACCGCCGGCCGCCCCGUCGCCAACGCGGUGGCCGUCGACUUCAAGGGCAACGCGUACGUCACCAAUUCCUUGGGGACCGAGGAAGGGAACUUCAUCUGGAAAGUAGAUCCGGAAGGAAACGCGUCGAUCUUCUCCAGAUCCAAUCAAUUCACCAACUACCCCGUCGACCGCGACCUGCCGUACAGCGAAUCGGGACUCAACGGGCUGGCAUACGUCAGCAAGGGGUACCUGCUCGUGGUGCAGAGCAACACCGGGAAGGUGUUCAAGGUCGACGAGGUGACCGGCGGAGCGAGGCGGGUGAUCCUGCCGGCGGAUCUGAUGCACGCCGACGGGAUCGCGGUGCGGCGGCGGGACGGAGCCGCGCUGGUGGUGUCGCACGAGAAGGUGUGGUUCCUGAAGAGCGACGACAGCUGGGCGGAGGCGGCGGUGUUCGAUUCCGUGGAGCUGGAGGACCGGGAAGGGUUCGCGACGGCGGUGGUGGCGGCGGCGGAGGACAGGGCGUACGUGUUAUAUGGCAGCGUGAUGGAGGGUAUUUUGGGGAAUGCGGAGGGUGGAGGGAGGGAGUGGUUUAGGAUAGAGGAGGUUCGGUCGGCGAAGGAGAGCGAGGACGAGAAUGUAAUUUUGUACGUGAUGAUUGGGCUGGGCCUGGCCUACUUCUUGUUCUGGAGGUUUCAGAUGAAGCAGCUCGUUCGGAACAUGGAUAAAAAGACCACUUAGAGAAAAAACGGUUUUUUAGUUU